UUUAGCUCUUUGGUAUUCAUCUCUGAAACUUGAAGACACCUAGCCUCUAUUGUCCAUAUGAUGUGUAAGAAAGCAAGCCAAGGUAGCCAUGCACAAUGAAGAAUGGCCGGAUUUUCCUUACACACAUACACCUGAGGUGUCACUCCGCCACUUUCCAUUCUUUUCUAUAAAUACCCACCACCAUUGUCUUCCCAAUUCACUUCAAUUCAAACAUAAUAUUAAUACCCGCCAUGGCUAAGACUACUUCCUUGCUCUCUCUUUCCCUAUGCUUUCUUGUUUUCUUCACCGGCUGCCUAGCUCGCCAGCAAUGGCAGCAAACCCAGAAUCAGUGCCAACUUGACAGGAUCGAAGCACUCGAACCCAACAAUCGCAUUGACUGCGAGGCCGGAAGAAUUGAGUCCUGGGACCCUAGCCAUGACCAAUUCCAGUGUGCUGGUGUCGCCGUAGUUCGCCGGAGGAUUGAUCCCAAUGGCCUUCUAUUGCCUCACUACAGCAACUCUCCUCAACUCAUAUACAUAAUCAAAGGUAGAGGAAUUAACGGGGCCGUCCUGUCCGGCUGCCCUGAAACAUUCCAAGAUUCACAAGGAUCGUCCCAACAAAAACAAGGCAGCCGUAGAUUCCAAGACCAGCACCAGAAGAUUCAGCACUUCCGUCAAGGAGAUAUCUUUUUCGUUCCUGCUGGAAUUCCUUACUGGGCCUACAACAAUGGCAACGAGGAGGUUAUCUCUGUCACUCUCGUUGACACCAGCAACAAUGCGAACCAGCUAGAUCUCCACCCAAGAAAAUUCCACUUAGCUGGUAACCCAGAACAAGAAUUCGAGCCACAAGAGGAGCAGAGGAGAAGCGGCGAGAAAGGCCGGAACCAUGCCCGCGGACAGCAAGGACGUGAACAGAGAUCUUGUAACAACGUUUUCUGCGGCUUCGAUUCACGUAUUCUGGCUGAGGCCUUUAACGUGGACCAGAAGCUAAUUGAGAGGAUUCAGAACGAGAAAGACGACAGAGGCCAAAUCGUGAAUGUUAAAGGCGGUGAGCUCCAGGUGGUCAGGCCACCAAGCUUGCAAGACGAGAGAUCUGAACAAGAAGAGAGUCGGAGAAGGUAUGGAAGUGAUAACGGAAUUGAAGAGACUAUGUGCUCCUGGAGGUUGAGGGAGAACCUCGGAGAUCCCUCACGCGCAGACAUCUACUCUCCAGAAGCCGGUCGCAUCAGCACCGUUAACAGCUUCAACCUCCCCAUUCUCCGGUGGUACCAACUCAGCGCCGAGUACGGCGUUCUCAAAAAUAAUGCUUUGUUGGUGCCUCACUAUAACUUGAACGCACACAGCAUAGUCUACGCGACCAGUGGCCGAGCAAGGAUUCAGAUAGUGGACAAUUACGGGCAGACCGUGUUCGACGGAGAGCUCAAUGAGGGACAGGUCUUGACAGUGCCGCAGAACUUCGCGAUCGUUAAACGAGCAGAGAGCCAGAGAUUCGAAUGGAUUGCCUUCAAGACUAACGACAACGCCAUGAUCACCACUCUCGCUGGGAAGACAUCGGCCAUCAGAGGAAUUCCAGCGGAUGUUUUGGCCAACGCAUUCCAGAUCUCACCGGAGGAAGCUUCGAGGCUCAAGUUCAACAGGAAAGAGAGUACUGUGUCUCAGGGCCGUGGUUCCCCUGGAAAGAGGGCUGAUGCCUGAGAGAUUGACACGCGGAGCAGGACUGUAGUUAAUUUCCCCAUUGUCGUUUUUUUCCUUUGCCUUUUGUUGCAGGUGGAGGCUUAUGGGGAAGAGAAUAAAAGGGGACCUUAGACGGUGCCGUUUAAUGUAAGUGAAGAG